AAGAGGAAAAACACUAGUAUUCAAGUAAAAGAAUUUCUCCUUGUUGCUGCUGAUUUGAAUCUACAAGCCAAAGAACUGGAAGACGUUAAAUUUAUCUGAGUUGUAAAUAAAAAGAUCUUUUGCAGUCUGGGAAAAUGGCUGAUUGUCCAAACUGUGAUUUGAAAUCUCUGAGUCUCCUUCAGCUGUUUGAAAGAGUAACUGAACAAGGAGAGAAAGUCAGAGCACUGAAAGCAGGAAAAGCACCAAAGGAUGAAAUUGAUGCAGCAGUGAAGACACUAUUAUCGUUAAAACUGUCAUAUAAAACAACAACAGGGCAAGAUUAUCAGGCAGGCUUGCCUCCAAGAGAUCUUGUAUUAAGAAACAAUGGUACAACUAAAGAAGAGGACGAGGAUUUUGUGGACCCCUGGACUGUGCAGACAUCAAAUGCUAAAGGCGUGGAUUAUGACAAACUCAUAGUUCGGUUUGGCAGCAGUAAAAUUGACACUGAUCUGAUCAAUCGAAUAGAAAGAGCUAUUGGGCAAAAACCUCACCGCUUUCUGCGUAGAGGAAUCUUUUUUUCUCACAGAGAUAUGGACCAAAUCCUCGACGCUUAUGAAAAUAAGAAGUCCUUUUACCUUUAUACAGGCAGAGGGCCAUCUUCUCAGGCAAUGCAUGUUGGUCAUCUUAUCCCAUUUAUAUUCACAAAGUGGCUGCAAGAAGUAUUUGAUGUUCCCUUAGUUAUACAGUUAACUGAUGAUGAGAAAUACCUUUGGAAGGACCUGACAACUGAGAAGGCAUAUGAGUAUGCUAGAGAAAAUGCAAAAGACAUCAUUGCAUGUGGUUUUGACAUCAAUAAAACCUUUAUAUUUUCUGAUUUAGAGUAUUUGGGGAGAAGUGUCGGAUUCUACAAAAACAUCGUCAAAGUUCAGAAGCAUGUUACGUUUAACCAAGUGAAAGGAAUCUUUGGCUUUACAGACAGCGAUUGCAUUGGAAAGAUCAGCUUUCCUGCUAUUCAGGCUGCUCCAUCCUUCAGUUCAUCAUUUCCACAGAUCUUCAAUGGCAAGGAGAACAUUCAGUGUCUUAUCCCAUGUGCUAUUGAUCAGGAUCCUUAUUUUAGAAUGACCCGCGAUGUAGCACCUAGAAUUGGACAGCCUAAACCAGCCUUACUGCACUCCGUCUUCUUCCCAGCCUUGCAAGGAGCACAGACGAAAAUGAGUGCUAGUGACCCAAACUCCUCCAUCUUCCUCACAGAUACACCCAAACAAAUCAAGACAAAGAUUAACAAGCAUGCCUUCUCGGGAGGCAGAGAUACCAUUGAAGAGCACAGGAAGUACGGAGGCAACUGUGAUGUUGACGUGUCUUUUAUGUACCUGACUUUCUUCCUAGAAGAUGAUGACAGGCUUGAACAACUGAAGCAGGCAUACACAAGUGGGGAAUUGCUCACGGGGGAGCUGAAGAAGGUGCUUAUUGAAACAUUGCAGCCCUUGAUAGCAGCUCAUCAGGAGAGACGGAAACAGGUCACAGAUGAAAUGGUGAAGCAAUUCAUGACUCCACGGAAGCUAGCUUUUGAAUUUUGAAGUAUGUAACUUAUGACUUGAUAAACCAAAGUCAAGUAAUUGUUGUCUUCUGUUGUAUGUCAUCACUCCCUAGUUAUGUACAGCCUGCAAUCAGUGCUUUAUAAAUAUUGCUUUUAAUGAGUUAAUUGCAAUGAAUGUCAGAGUACAGGAAAAAUUUAAAAUAGGACUCAUAUCUAUUUAAAAUCAGAAUAUACAAGACAGAAUUGUCCAAUGUUGCAGAAAAGCAUGUCUGUCAGCACAAUGCUGUAUUUUAUUAUAUUUCAUGUUGAAAAUAUAAAUAAAACUUCCAUUUUGAUG